CGCCCCCUCCCCGCGCGCCCGCGUCCUCCGGGCUUUCGCCUGGCCCUGUCUCGGAAGUCUCGCGAGCCCGGGAGGCGCGUGGGUUUGGCGACUGUCGCGCUGGCCCCGCGGGCUUGGCUCCCGGCGCCGGGCACUGGCGGCCUGGGGCGUGUGCUCGUCAGGCCCCUCAGUCCCGCCUCAGCCCCGGCCGCGGCGCGAUGGGGGACGACACCAGCCCGCUCAGCGUGAUCCUCGUGAGCUCGGGCAGCAGGGGCAACAAGCUGCUGUUCAGGUACCCCUUCCAGCGCGGCCGGGAGCACCCCGCGGCCCAGACAAAUAAGCCUCGUAGCAGAUAUGCUGUCAACAACACCGGAGACCAUGCCGAUGACCAGGAUGGUGACUCCAGCGAGCCAUGUCCUCCAACCGAUGAGCAAUUGGUUGCAGGGUUUUCAGAUGUCAUUCUGGCAACAAUUUUGGCAACCAAGUCUGAAAUGUGUGGCCAAAAAUUUGAACUGAAGAUCGAUAAUGUGCGGUUUGUUGGGCACCCGACACUGCUACAGCAUGCUCUGGGGCAGGUCUCCAAAACAGAUCCAUCCCCCAAGAGGGAAACUCCCACCAUGAUUCUUUUUAAUGUGGUGUUUGCGCUGAGGGCCAACGCAGACCCAUCGGUGAUAAGCUGUCUGCACAACCUCUCCCGCCGCAUCGCCACGGUGCUGCAGCACGAGGAGCGCCGCUGCCAGUACCUGACGCGGGAGGCCAAGCUGAUCCUGGCGCUGCAGGACGAGGUGUCUGCUGUGGCCGAUGCAAAUGGCGGCCCUCAGUCCCCAUUCCAUCACAUCCUGCCCAAGUGCAAGCUGGCCAGGGACCUCAAGGAGGCGUACGACAGCCUGUGCUCGUCGGGCGUGGUGCGGCUGCACAUCAACAGCUGGCUGGAGGUGAGCUUCUGCCUGCCGCACAAGAUCCACUACGCCGCCGCCAGCCUCAUCCCCCCCGAGGCCAUCGAGCGCAGCCUGAAGGCCAUCCGCCCUUACCAUGCCCUGCUGCUGCUCAGUGAUGAGAAGUCCCUACUGGGCGAGCUCCCGCUCGACUGCUCCCCGGCCCUGGUGCGUGUGAUCAAGACCACGUCUGCCGUGAAGAACCUGCAGCAGCUGGCCCAGGACGCAGACCUGGCCUUGCUGCAGGUUUUCCAGCUUGCGGCUCACCUGGUGUACUGGGGCAAGGCCAUCAUCAUCUACCCGCUGUGUGAGAACAAUGUCUACAUGCUUUCUCCCAAUGCCAGCGUGUGUCUGUACUCCCCGCUGGCUGAGCAGUUCUCCCGCCAGUUCCCGUCUCAUGACCUGCCAUCCGUCCUUGCCAAGUUCUCCUUGCCUGUCUCCUUAUCAGAAUUUAGGAACCCCCUUGCCCCCCCUGUGCAGGAGACCCAGCUCAUCCAGAUGGUGGUGUGGAUGCUGCAGCGCCGGCUCCUCGUCCAGCUGCACACCUAUGUCUGCCUGAUGGCCUCACCCGGCGAGGACGAGCCCCGCCCUCGCGAGGACGACGUCCCCUUCACCACCAGGGUUGGCGGCCGCAGCCUCAGCACACCCAACGCCCUCAGCUUUGGCUCCCCAACCAGCAGUGAUGACAUGACCCUCACUAGCCCCAGCAUGGACAACUCCAGUGCAGAGCUUCUCCCCAGUGGGGAUUCACCGCUGAACAGGAGGAUGACGGAGAGCCUGCUGGCCAGCCUGUCGGAGCACGAGCGGGCAGCCAUCCUCAGUGUGCCUGCGGCCCAGAACCCAGAGGACCUCCGCACGUUUGCCAGGCUCCUGCACUACUUCCGCGGCCGCCACCACCUGGAGGAGAUCAUGUACAACGAGAACACGCGGCGCUCCCAGCUGCUCACGCUCUUCGACAAGUUCCGCAGCGUGCUGGUGGUGACCACUCAUGAGGACCCGGUCAUCGCCGUCUUCCAGGCGCUGCUCACGUGAGCCAGCUGGGAUGCAGAGGCAGGCCACUGCAUGGGUGAGGCGCUGGCCUCUGCCCACCCCGGGGCUCCCCUGUGCUGGGCCCUCUUAGCCCUGCGGCCCAGAUUGACAGUUCAGCAGCCACUGAGGGCCACUGCCCUCUGCCUUCUCACUCUUGUCCAGUCCUCGAAGCAGCCUGUGUCUGAGCUGAACAGGUGAGGCCCUGAGCCAGAGGAGCGUCCAGGACUCAUGCCCGAGUGAGGCCUGCAUGCUUCUCACACACAAAUUUGGGCCACAGGUUUUUCUCAGACCCUCCUCCUGACCCUGCCCAUGUUCCCUGGCCCCUGCUGCUGCCCUCCUUGCAGCCACCCUGGGGAACAUGCAGAAACACAUCUGACCCGCCCCUGUCCUUCCAGUGGCCGUAAGGAGUGUGAGGUCCUGGUGCCUGGCCCAGCCUGCAUGGUCCAGCACUGCCUGUCCUUGUGCUCCCGGUUCUCCAGCUUGCUGUGUGCCUUUCCUGCCCUGGCCCUCUCCACUGUCCUCGGUAGCCACCAGGAAGCUCACGGCCAAGCUGGCACCCCCUUUCCCAUCUGAGGCGUGAGGGCCCAGGGUGAUCAUGUCCUGCAGUGGUGGAGGGGCCCCUGCCCUCCAGGCCUGACCAGCACGCUUCCUCGGCUCCCCGUUGGGGGGUGUGUACCCGCACACUGGAUCCUCCGUUGUGGGGCUGCGUGGGGCCUGAGGAGGGAUGUGUCCAGCUGGGCCUGGCUCUCUGGACACCAGGCACACACACAAGGCCUUGACGACCCUCCCUGGAGGAAGAGCUGACCCCAGACAUGCUGAUGACCGAAGUGGGCUCUGCCUGACACACAAGCAACAGUGUUUUC